AUGUUUGGAGCAAGUAACAAUACCAGUUCAGGAUUGUUUGGCUCAUCAAACAACAACACCAAUUCCAGCACAGGUGGUGGAUUAUUUGGAAAUAAAUCAGCAACAACAUCAGGUUUUGGUUUUGGUCAAUCUCAACAACCACAACAACCACAACAAUCAAAUGUAUCUGGUCAAUCCAAUACAACAACGGGCAAUACAGGUGGUAGUUUGUUUGGACAGUCACAGAAUAACAACACCGCGACUGGAACCGGUGGUGGUUUAUUUGGUUCUAAUCAACAAAAAUCAGGUUCAACUGGUGGAUUAUUUGGAUCAAGUCUGACAAAUACGGGAACUGGAUUCGGAGCAAGUACGGGUAGUGGGUCAUUAUUUGGGAAACCGAAUGAAACAUCUACAGGUGGUGGAUUAUUUGGUGGCAAUAACACUCAACAAACUAGCACAACUGGUGGGGGAUUAUUUGGAAAGAAUCCACAACAAACAAGUUCAAACACCAGUGGUGGGUUGUUUGGUACUAAUACACAAGCCAAUAGUGGCACAGGAGGUUUAUUUGGUCAAUCUAAUACAAAACCAGCAGAAACAACUGGGGGUUUAUUUGGAAAUAAACCAGCAUCAACAACUACUGGCGGAGGUUUAUUCGGAAAUUCGAAUACAAAUACUCAAUCGGGAGGUGGACUUUUUGGAAAUAAGCCUUCAACAACUACAUCCGGAGGGUUAUUUGGAACGCAACAGCAACAACAACAACCACAACAGCAAACCUCAUUAUUCUCAUCAAACACGACCAAUAACCAACAACCAUCAUUCAGUUGGAGUCAACCUCAGCAGAAUCAACCAGUAGUGAAUAAUACAUCAAGUUUAUUUGGAUUCAAUCAAAACACAAAUCAACCACAAAACAAUCAACAUACAUAUGCACCUGCUAUAAAUGAUCAAUUGACUAAAGUAUGGGAACAAUGGGAUCCAAACUCACCAAAAUGUGCAUUGAAAACUCAUUUUUAUAACAGAUUCAAUGAUCAAGAAAUCAAAUACUUAUUACAGCAACCUCGACCUUCAAAUGAAACGGUAGAAGAUUGGGACAAAGCUAUGAAGGAUCGACCAAAUCAAAAUUCAUUCCCUAUCAAAAUUUCAUCAUAUGACGAAGUCGCACAAAGAAUUGAGACUCAAAUAGAUUAUAUAUCAAAGGAAAAAUUGGUUUUGAAUCAAAUCAAUGAGAGAUUAAAUAAUUUAUCAGCGAAGCAUGAUUUGGAAAAUACGACCAGAAUAUUGAAGGCUAAGGCUAGACAUACCCAAUUAUCAAGAAGAUUAUUGAGAUUAGCUACAGUUUUAGCAACAUUGAAAUUAAAGGGAUAUCCAUUGUUACCAGAAGAAGAAGAAAUAGCUAGACAAUUUGACAAUUUAACUAAUAAAAUCAAUGAUCCUAAUAGUCCAAUUGGAAAAUUAAGUGAUAUCUUUGCAAAAUUGAACAUACUAAAAGAAAGAGCAGAAGAUAUUAAUUCACAAUUUGAUCAAUCAAUUCACGUUAUAAAUAAUACACUUGAUAAUGGCUCAACAGAUCAAAACAAAGCUUCCACGAGUUCUGGAAAUAGUAAUGACAUUAUUGAAAAAUUCACAAAAAUUUUAAUGAAACAACAAAUUGGGUUGAAUUAUUUGAACGAUUUAUUGGAAAAAGACUUCGAUAAAGUAGAAAAAAGUUUACGAUCUAAAAAGUAA